GCAUUUGGUCAAAGAUGUGGGAGGUUUGAUCUCCCUUCCCCACAAUUGUCGUACUAUAUUAGUUUGCUGACAUUGACAAAAUUUCUGCAUUCUUCCCUACAAAACGAAAGCUUAAUUUCCCACACUUUCCAAUCAUUAUUAUCCAAUUCAAUACUAACAAAAUCAUCUAAUUUUCUAAUCCUUUGUUCCCUUUAAUCAUAUUUCUCUCUACCCCACUUCCAAACAUGGCCUUUUGGGCGGCAAGAACCAAAGGGAAGAUGGCUCGCUCAUGUCAUCCCUUCAUCAUUUCCCAUUCACCUUUCUUCUUAAACCCUUUACAAUGGCGAAAGAUUUCUCCAUAUAUUAUCAAUGUGAUUCCAAGCUCACUAGUUUUCAAGCCAUUCCACUUCAAAUUUUCUUUCCCACUUUUAAUCCACAUUUUCGCUGCUCAAAUUCCUCACACCCCUUGUCUUUACAAAUCCCAUUUUAGGGGAGAUUGAGAAAAAGGGUUUUCUGAAAAGUGUUUGUGUUUGAUUUUUCAUUUGGGUUUUUGUUUUUUAUGUGUAAUUAGUUAUUGAAGAAUGAGAAACUUUUAUGAGAUGGAGCUCAUUGCUAUGAGCGUUUGUAAUGCUUUUCUUCUGCCAUUAGUUCAAGGCUCAGCUCAUGAAGAGUUGCAGAAAGCUAGGAGUCAGAGAAGCAUAGAAGACAGCCAUGAAAAGUUAAGCCAUCAAAAGAGAUUUGAUAUUCAACUCCAUGGAUUGCUCCUCUGGAUUUCAAUGGGGUUCCUAAUGCCCGUUGGAAUACUUACAAUUAGAAUGUCUGGUAGGAUGGCUCGUGGGUCGACUCUGUUGAAGGUCUUCUUCUACCUCCAUGUUGUUUUGCAGACACUAUCCCUCCUCUUGGCCACAGCUGGAGCUGUCAUGUCCAUCAGAAAUUUUGAGAACUUAUUUAAUAAUGGCCAUCAAAGGAUAGGUUUAGCUCUUUACAUAGCCAUUUGGGCACAGGCAGUGAUAGGCAUUUUCAGGCCUCAAAGGGGAAAGAAAGAAAGAAAUGCAUGGUUUCUUAUGCAUUGGAUUCUUGGAACAAUAAUUUCUAUAGUGGGAAUCAUCAAUAUCUAUACUGGCUUAAAUGCCUACCAUAAGAAAACUUCAAGAAGCAUUGGAUUAUGGACUGUACUCUUCACUGCAGAGAUCUCUUUCAUUGGUUUCUUUUAUUUGUUUCAAGAUAAAUGGGAGUUUUUGCAGAAGCAAGGGGUUGUUUUAGGGGAAUCUGAAGCAGUUUCUCAUUCUGAUGAACAAGUAGAAACUCAAAGGCAAAACUCCAAGGAAUUGUUGCCUAAUCCUUGUACCAAACAAAAUGCACUCCGAAACUUGUUUGAUUAAAAUGGGGUUUUUUUUUCCUCCCCCAUUUUUCUUACAAGCUUAGCUACUCUGUUUACACGUUCUAUCUGACUGAAAUUUCUACUCUAUUUUUGAUGCAUGCACUUUGUGCAAGUGAACUGUGAUCCUCGGGGCAGCAUAAGCUGAUGAGUGCAUGCAUCAAAAAGAGUAUCUUCCAUUUGCUCGAAUUUACAUCAAUUAUAUUUGUUAUAAAUCCAAAAUUAAAUUCCUAGUGGUUGAAGUUUUUGCCCCAAGAGAUUUUAUUUUGAUUGAUGGUGGAGUGUUAAAGAGUAUAUAUGUAAAACCUUAUUAGUUUAAAGCGUGUGGAUUUGGUAGUUGUUUAACAUUGCAUUAGGUGAGAAAAUCUUGUUAUGAAUUGUAAUCUUUUUUUAAUUAUAUGUGAUGAUGUGCUUUUGAGUAUCCUCCCUUCUGAGUGGAAAUGGCAGUCAUUUAGAGGAUGGGGUUACCCAGUUUACAACUUCAACUAGGGUUUUGGAAGUGAAGGGGCUUGGGAAUUCAGUUUUGAACUUUAAAGAUGUGCCAGAGAAGGCUACUUUUCUUCCAAAGAAGAAUCUUUUAACUGCACCCAUGUAUUGGAGGUUUAGAUAUUCACCCUCCUACUUAUAAAAGGAAAUGUUUUGCUUUGCAAAUGUUGCAAUAAUUUAAACGCACAAGGUUUGGCCUUCCAUUUGUAUUAUAAUAUUGCUCUAUCAUGCAUUCAUACUCUUGUAGGACGACUAUAAUCUACGAUGUUCAUUGAAGAUUCAAAUUUUAAA